AUGGAAGAGGAGGCUUGGGGUCUUGUGCAGAAUUUAGGCAUUCCGCACACCCCAGACGAGGAGAUGUCUGAUCCGAGUUUAGACCGAGAUUGGGAGGGCGGUCCAGCUGAUCGACGAUUACCUUUGCCGAGGGCAUCGCCGCCACCAUUGGCAUCACCUCCGCCAAGAGUAUCGUCCCCGCCAUUGGCAUCACCUCCAUCGAGGGCAUCACCGUCGCUAGUGGCAUCACCUCCACCGGGGCCAUCACCGCCGCCAUUGGCAUCACCUCCAUCCAAACAGUUCCCCCGUGUGUCUCCGGGGCACAGUGAUGAUUUGUAUGUCCGUUUGACUGGAUUUAUAGCGGAGGAGGUCGACGUGCUACGACGAGAUUUGACGAAGAGGGUCGAUCAUCUGGGACGAGAGUUGACAAAGAGGGUCGACGAUCUGGCAGGGAGGUCUUUCGUUGUCGACCUUCAGGAUACAGUAGCGGCGCUUAGAGGAGAUUUAGCCGGCAGACGAUGGGGGGACAGAGGGGAUGGCGGAGAUCAUGAUCGAGAGGGUGGCAGAGAUCGUGAUAGAGAGGGGGGGGGUGGCCCCGAUGGGGAUAGGAGAGGGGACUACGGAGGGGGUGGCCCCGACGGAAGGGGCGGAGAAGGUGGCGACGUAGGGGGUGGCCCCGACGGGAGGGGCGGAGGUGGUGGCCCCGGAGGUCGAGAGGACGCCCGGCAUGAUUGA